UUAGGACCUUUUAAAGAUACAAAUUAAACAAGCAAGGAUGUUCCAGACUGUUCCAGACACUUCGUCUUACGUCAAGGAGGCUCUGUCGGUGGUGAGCGACGACCAGUCCCUCUUCGAGUCGGCGUACGGCGCCGGCGCGCACCUUGCCAAGGCGGACAUGACCGCCUCCGGGAACGCCGACUACGGGCAGCCGCACAAGAUCAACCCCUUGCCGCCGCAGCAGGAGUGGAUCAACCAGCCGGUGCGGGUCAACGUGAAGAGGGAGUACGACCACAUGAAUGGAUCAAGGGAGUCCCCAGUCGACUGCAGCGUGAACAAAUGCAGCAAACUGGUCGGAGCAGGAACGGAGUCCAACCCCAUGAGCUACAGCACCUACAUGGAUGAGAAGAACGGGCCGCCCCCCAACAUGACCACCAACGAGAGGAGAGUCAUUGUCCCAGCAGAUCCCACCCUAUGGACGCAGGACCACGUGCGGCAGUGGCUGGAAUGGGCUAUAAAGGAGUACGGAUUAAUGGAGAUCGACGCCUCCCUCUUCCAGAACAUGGACGGCAAGGAGCUCUGCAAGAUGAACAAGGACGACUUCCUCCGAACAACCACCCUCUACAACACCGAGGUGCUGCUGUCUCACCUCAGUUACCUCAGGGAAAGCAGCUCGUUGCUGGCCUACAAUACUCCAUCCCACACAGAGGCUUCCUCACGUCUCGCCACCAAAGAAGGUCCUCCUGUUGCAGGGACGCAAAACGUGACCAAGACAACGGACCAGCAGCGGCCCCAACCAGAUCCCUAUCAAAUCCUGGGGCCCACUAGUAGCCGCCUUGCCAAUCCAGGCAGCGGGCAGAUCCAGCUGUGGCAGUUCCUCCUCGAGCUGCUCUCGGACAGCUCCAACGCCAGCUGCAUCACGUGGGAAGGCACCAACGGCGAGUUCAAGAUGACGGACCCUGACGAGGUGGCCCGGCGCUGGGGCGAGCGCAAAAGCAAGCCCAACAUGAAUUACGACAAGCUGAGCCGGGCCCUGCGCUACUACUACGACAAGAACAUUAUGACCAAGGUGCAUGGCAAGAGGUAUGCCUACAAAUUUGACUUCCAUGGCAUUGCCCAGGCUCUUCAGCCUCAUCCCACCGAAUCCUCCAUGUACAAGUAUCCGUCAGAUCUCUCCUACAUGCCUUCCUACCAUGCCCACCAGCAGAAGGUGAACUUUGUCCCCCCGCACCCGUCCUCUAUGCCGGUCACGUCGUCCAGUUUCUUCGGAGCGGCCUCCCCUUAUUGGACCUCUCCUGCUGGAAGCAUCUACCCAAACCCCAACGUCCCUCGCCACCCCAACGCCCACGUAUCCCCACACUUGGGCAGCUAUUACUAGAGGCUCUGACCUUCCAGAGGCCUCUAUCAGUUUGGUUGGACGCUUUCCUUACUUCUGGGAUAAUUCUUUGUUUUUUUCUGGAACCCUUCAUGGAGAAUUGCGGCCUUUGGGGGGAUAGUUAAAACUGGAGAUUGGUUAUUCCUGGACCAAACCUUUUACUUUUGUACCAUUGUCUCUUGUGUCUUCAACUGAGAGAUGGAUGCUUCUUUGGGCCAGUACUGCCUUUUCUUUGGGUUUUAAGGCUUAUGUCCUCUGUAGGAGCUGACUAUGAAGAUUGUUCACCACGACUUGGAAUGAUUAUUAGCAUUUUGAUCACAGAAUUUUUAAGAAUUCAAAGGCUUUGUAGAAGACAUAGAUCCAACUGUGGGUCGUAGGAAAAGAUGACCACGUGGGUUAUUUUCUCGCUUUGGAGAGGACAGGCAAUGUGACCAUAAGUCAGGAGGACCUUGGGCUGCAGGGGACUGCAACUGGAAUCUUAGCUUUAAGGCAAACGAGGAGUUUCACCCAACUGGAAAUUAAAUAUAUAUAUAUAUUCAUAUAUAUAUAUAGUACAUGUAUAUUUUAAGAAGUAAAGGGCAUUGAAGGAAGUUUGCUAGACUGUACAACUUCGUUAGACUGUGUAUUAACUCCAGGCACAUCAGAGACCCGCUCAGAAGGAAGCAACCUAACGCCAAGACAUUCCUUGGAAGCAGAAGUGGAGUAAAAUAAAUGACAGCAGGUCCUUGAGCUCUGCCAGGGGCUUAAGGGAUUGCUACGUGCUACCGAUUCGCGAACGCUGUGCGUUUGUCAGCCCGUCAUCCAAGGGGGUCAACAAAUCAGAAGGCAAAUUACUGUAUAAGUUAUGCAGAGUUAUUUUUUUUUCCCUAUAUCUCACAGUAUUAAAAAGAGAAAGAUUAAAUAAAACGAGUUGACCUCGGUCACAAAUGCAGGUUUGUUUUUCUUCGUUACUGUCAGCUCAGUUGUUUGUGGGUUGGUUUUGUUUUUAAUUAUGUGAUUUGUACAUCUUUGCAAUCUGUACAUUUGGGCUGUAGCUUUGUACUUUUUACUAAAAAACAAAAAAAAAAAAAGAAAAAAAAAGAAAAAAAUAAGACAUGAGUAAUGUAUCUGCUGGAGAUAGCCUCAGUGCUGCAAGUGGAUCCCCACCUGACCCCCAAACUAGCCAGAAACCUUCCCGACUUCUCUGGGU